AUUUCAAGAUGGCGUCCAGGUUGUCGAUGUUAGGAAACUUGGCCUUAAGGAGAAAUCUUCGUAUUUUCUGCCGACAAAACCGACCAAUUGUCAAUGGAAAACGCCCGAUCUGUUCAUGUGUGACCAUGAAAAAUUCAAACUUCAUCAAGGAGUUUGGAAAACAACCGCGGGGUUUACGAUUUCUGCGAACAACAACAGGUAUGAAUGGAGAAGUCCUUCCUUUUAAAUUAUCUGACAUUGGGGAGGGAAUUGCAGAAGUUACAAUCAAAGAAUGGUAUGUGAAGCCAGGCGACCAUGUAAAUCAGUUUGAUAGUAUUUGUGAAGUGCAGAGUGACAAGGCAUCAGUAACAAUAACAAGCCGGUUUGAUGGUAUAAUCAAGAAACUCUAUUAUGAUGUGGAUGAUAUUGCAAGAGUUGGACAACCUCUGGUGGACAUAGAGGCAGAGGCUAAUGUUGAUGCUAAUAUUGAUGCCGGUCCAAGCCCUGCUGAAGAUGUCAUGGCUGCCCAACAGAAGCCUAAACCAACACAUGCUAUAGAACAACCUCUUCCACCUCUGCCCCAGUCCCCUCAAUCGGCACCACCUCAGUCAGAAGCUCCACCAACCCCUGCUCCUCAGAUUACCACAAAGCAGACAAACAGCAGUGGGAAAGUGUUAACAACACCAGCUGUACGCAAAAUGGCAAUGGACCAUAAUAUCAAACUGGCUGACAUCUCAGGAACAGGUAGGGAUGGCAGAAUCCUUAAAGAGGACAUACUGAAUUACAUUGAGAGAAUGAAGGCCAAACCCACAGAAGCCCCUGCCCCCACAGUAGAAGUUGCUACCCCCACCACACCACCCUCAACUCCAAUUGCAAGACCAGAGGUGAUGCUUGAAGACAGAACCGAAACUAUCAAAGGAAUUAGGAGAGCAAUGGCUAAGGCAAUGACAGCAUCACUCGCAAUUCCACAUUUUGGUUACAAGGAUGAAAUAAUUCUAAAUGAGCUUGUGAGGCUACGAAAUCACAGUAAAGAAUCAUUUCAGGCAAGAGGGAUGAAGUUAUCCUUUAUGCCAAUGUUUAUAAAGGCAACUUCUAUGGCUCUACUCCACUUCCCAAUAUUAAACAGCUCUGUGGAUCCUGCAUGCGAGAAUAUCACUUUUAAGGGUUCACAUAACAUUGGUGUUGCCAUGGAUACACAACAAGGCUUAUUGGUACCAAAUGUGAAAAAUGUACAGAACAAGUCAAUAUUUGAUGUUACUGUGGAGCUCAACAGACUUCAUCAGCUGGGACUGGCUGGUAAACUUGCACCAGAAGACUUGACUGGAGGAACUUUCACUCUCUCAAACAUUGGAUCAAUUGGAGGAACAUAUACAAAACCAGUGAUUAUGCCACCUGAAGUUGCUAUUGGUGCUAUUGGAAGAAUACAGGAAGUCCCCAAGUUCGAUGAGGAUGACAAUAUUUACAAAGCGUAUAUAGUCAAUGUUAGCUGGUCAGCUGAUCACAGAGUCAUAGAGGGUGCUACAAUGGCUAGGUUUUCAAACCUAUGGAAAUCUUAUCUAGAAAACCCUGCCUCUAUGAUGAUGGACUUGAGAUAAUAAUUAUUCUGGGUUCCAAUUAGCAGUUAUAAUUUGUCUGUAAGGAUUGUUAAAUUGUUAGUAAGGGUUCAAUUUUUCAUGUUUCUUGGAAAAUCAAUUUGCAGGGGGGCAUCCCUGUAUAGCAAUUACAAGGGCAAAAAUUAGAUCAACAACUUCCAUAGGGGAAGUAAUUCAAGACUAAUACAGGACAAAUAAUGAGGAAAUAUGUACAAAGUUCCCCCCAAAUACUACCUUGUAAAUUCAGGUAAAUAAGUCCUAUUUGUGUUAAGUAACAAAUAUGUUGCUGAAAGAUCUAUGUUAAUGCCAUACCUUAAAAAAAACAAUUCUGAAAGUCAAAAUCUAAUAUUAUACAUAACAAUGUCCUAAAUGGUUUGAUAAUUUUUGUCAUUCAAACUGUGGUGUGUCAUUGGGUGCAAGGUAUAAUUUAGUUACAUUUAAAAUUUCAUUUCAGUUAAUUUCAUUUAGUUGUAAAUUUAGUUAAUAUUUAUCUAAAUGACAAAUCACACAAUGAUGUUAAGUCACUUGUACAUGUAUACAUUAGAUGGAGCUAUUAAAGAUCCUGUUUUACCCUUCACACCACAAUAGGGUUCAACUAGUACAAAAACACCGUUAUUUAUUUUUAUUUCUUUUGAAAAUUAUGUUGACUGUACAUUUAGCUGGAGUUUAAAGCACUGUAGCUACAGUGGGAAAAAUAAUUAAGGUUAUAUUUUCAAAGGAUUUUAAUAUUUAACCUUUUCUUAAGUAAAGAUCUGGCUGUAGUCUAUCAACUGGUGUUGAGAAAAUGAGCUUUUUUAGGAUUAUUUAUCAAUAUCAUAUCUAUUUUUGACAGUAUCCUGUUUGACCAUGUAUAUCCAAAUUCAAUAAGGCUUGCAAAAAGUUAGUUUCAUAAUAGUAAAACUAAGGGUAAAAGCAAUUUGGUAUUCAAGUAUUUUGUAAUGUGUUUCAUAAUCUAAUUAUAAAUCUCAUGCGGCACUAAUAACACUUAAACUAAAUUAAAACAGUUACACUAUUCGAGAAUAUAGUGUGUGCACAAAGUGCAGAAUAAAACAUUGAGAACAAGCUCA